AUGGUUUCAGGUUCAGGGAUCUGCGCGAAGCGGGUGGUGGUGGACGCUCGCCACCACAUGCUUGGGAGACUUGCCUCUAUCGUGGCCAAAGAGCUUCUCAACGGCCAGAAGGUGGUGGUGGUGCGGUGCGAGGAGAUUUGCAUCUCCGGGGGACUCGUGAGACAGAAGAUGAAGUACAUGCGCUUCCUCCGUAAGCGCAUGAACACUAAACCCUCUCAUGGCCCCAUUCACUUCCGGGCUCCUUCCAAGAUCUUCUGGCGUACCGUUCGUGGGAUGAUUCCACAUAAGACAAAGCGUGGGGAAGCUGCUCUUGAUCGACUGAAGGUUUAUGAGGGAAUUCCUCCUCCAUAUGACAAGACCAAGAGGAUGGUUGUCCCAGAUGCUCUCAAGGUUUUGAGGCUUCAGAAGGGACACAAGUACUGUCUUCUAGGCAAAUUAUCAUCUGAGGUUGGAUGGAACUAUUAUGAUACCAUCAGGGAACUGGAAAAGAAGAGGAAGGAGAGAGCACAAUUGUGUUAUGAGAGGAAGAAGCAUCUUGCCAAAUUAAGGGUGACUGCUGAGAAGGUUGCAGAGGAGAAGCUGGGUUCCCAAAUUGAAGUCCUUGCUCCUGUUAAGUACUAA